AUGCAAACUCAAAACAAAAGUCACCAUUGCUCGAUUAACACAGUUUUAACGAUGUUGGCCGUGAUUCCAGAGAUUCGGCUUCACAUUGCAAAAAAUGUCAACCAAUCAAGCGCCUUCAAAGCCAUUUUUCAUGUCUUUUAUUUUUCGUAUUGGGAUAAUGAAUCUCAGCAGAAGUUUGUCCAUGAGGUGCAAUUGGACCCGCACGGGUUACACCGAUGGCAAAAAUACGGAUAUGAAGUGGUCGAGAUUUGGAAGCACAUUGCUGAAAGGUUGUGUUUGGAUCUAAUCUGCACGACAGUGUCAAAAAGUGAUUUGCACCAAUCUUGGACUUCUCUUUGUAAGGAAACUAAGCGCUUUCUGAUGGUAUUUGAAGCUUCCACAACUUGGUAUUUUUUUAAAUUUCUGAUGUUCAUAGUUUUAAACCCAAAUGGCUUUGUAAUACGAUGCGUUGGAAAUGUUGUGCAAACUCCACAUGGAAAACACGUCUAUCUGCUUCUUCACAACCAGACCACAACCACAAUAACUAUGAUCAAGAUUGAUGACUACAUAUUUCAAACGAUGGCUCCUUUGCCCGUGUACCGCCCUGCAUUAAUACUAUACGAGCGUAUAACUAUGGAUUCAUACGUGCGCCAGCCAUACUUUGAAAUGGCCAAGCAA